CUGGCCUCACUGAUUUGCCUCCUCCAGCAAGCAGAGGAAAGGGCAAGCAUCCCCAGUGGGUUUCGUAUCUGAAGCCGGUUGGCCGUCUCGGACUCCGUUUGAGUGGAGAGAAGGAGCCGCCUCCGCCUCCUGCGGCGGAGGGAUACACGGCUCUGGCAAGUGGUGAGAGAAAAAAAUUUGAACGAAGGGCGCGAGCGGAGGCCCGCCGGCGGCCGUUCGUCGGCGCCGAAGUCGGAACGGUCGUAUCGUGUUGCUUUAGCGCAUCCUUUUGCAUGCUUACGGUAUCCAGACUUCUGUAGUCCAAUAUUGCUUAAAAGUCCCACUCUAAAGACCAAACUAUUUCUCAAGAAAGCCACAAUAUCACUGAUGAGUUAACAGCAGCAAAGGCAUUUCCGAUGGAGAAUCAGAAUACUAAAACAGUACUUUCCGAGUGUUGCAAUACACAACACAACUUGCAUUUGGGGCGCGGAAACCCAAUCAAUAGCAUGGAGAAGAUGGACUCUCUCUUCACAAGUGGUCCAGCAGAUGCUCCAGCAGCAAAUUUGUGUACAAGCACUGCCGUCUCUGAGAAUUUGGGAAGCACCCUGAUCAACAAACACCCUAUGUUCACGAAUGAUACAGAUGAUUUAACAACUCCCAGGAGAAAAUCACAAGAGAAUACAAACGUUGAGAUUGCAAACAACCAAGUUACACCAUCUAGAGGCUUUCCUGACAGUGUGGCAGUUGAUUAUAAGAUUAUGCCAGAGUUUUUUACAAGCCAGAAUAAAGAGGAAUUCAACAAUAUAUUGAAAAAAUUAAGACGGCGGUCUACAAUUGGAGCACGAGGUUCUCCAGAAAAUAAUUCUCUCAUCCAGUAUAUUGCUCGACAAAGGAGAAUGAAGGUGCAAGAAACUUUGACACAAUCCAGCCCUUGUCAUCUUCAGAACACGUUGCUGAAAGACAAAAUAGCUGCCUUCCAAUCUUCAUUUAAAGCCCUCGAAGAAACUGAAGAAAAGACAGUCCAUAUUCUUCCUACUUCAAACACAAAACUCCCUGAGCAAUCAACAUUGAGCCAGACAUGGUGCCCGGAGGAUACGAAUAAUGCUUUUGAAGAAAACUUAAAUAAUAAAUUUAUGAACAGAGAUGGUAUAUCAGUAGAUAUCCAGAUGCACAGUUCCAGAUUUCCACCACAGAAGCCCCUUCUGUCUGGCGCAAAUGUUAUGCCUAAGGCCAUUCAGGUCUCUCCAGCGAAUGCUGUGGAAACUACACGUGUAUCUUUGGUAGCUACUCCAAGUACGGGCGUAUCAAAGAAUGAAAGGGGUGAAGACAAAGAAUUGAGCAGAAACAACACGUCUCAACCCAGCAGUAAGAAGGUUCGGUUUUCAGAAAAGCAGCGCUUGCAAAUCUUUGAUGAAAGCAAACCACCCAUUACGCCUGUGGGGAAAGGCCAUUCAUUUCCCAAUUCCCUUCGUUCUGUUCUGAAGAAAACACCAGUCAAAAUCGCAUCCGAAGGCUUGAAGGAUCUUCAAGGAUCAUCAGAGGAAAUGGCCACGCCGAUAUGUACUGGAUCUUUUGACCCCGAAGAAAGAAAAAAUAAUUCUCCUGACCAUCAGGCUCCUUUGAUUAGACCCACUCGUAACUCUGCUAAAAGGAAGUGCGUAGUGGAAGCAGAAGAAAAACGUCUUGCAGUCAAAAUUGAAGUCCAGAAUCAGCUCAACCAAUUGCAGAAAGCCAAAACUUCAACCAAAUUAAAAAAAACCCCAGCUGUCCGACCCAAAGUGGCAGGAAAAAGAAGGGGGAGGAAGAAGAAGAAACAGGAGCAGAAAGUAUUUUAUGGGCCUCGCGAGAGGGUAUCGAAGAAACCUUUUCUAAGUCCGAUCCCAGAAAUAACAGAAAAUACCUCCUUUUGUUCCUCUUACCCAAAUACACCAACAUUAAACGUUUCCACUUCAGACGAUUCUUUAAGUGUCCUGCAUGCUACGUUUAUCGAUGAAACAGCUGAAGACAAAAAGAGUCUACCUUGUGCUGUAGGAGUGGACAGCCACGAUCAACAUUCUAGCCCUCGGGAAGAAGAUGGCUCAGCUAGUUCAUUCGUGCAGCUUCAAGAACUUGCUCUAAACAAUAGAAAACAAUGUCUUCCUGGCUACGUGCCCGAAAAAAUCUCUCCUGAAAAACUGAAGAUUUCUUUAAAUGGAAAUGAACAGGUGGCCGGAAGGGACUGUCUGUCAAGUAGGACAGAAAUGCAGCUGGUGGAGUUGCUGAACAUCUGUGGACCUAGUAAAAAUAUCAAGGCUAAAGAAAAUUCAUUUUUCACCGUAGAUUUUGCAACGGAGGUAAUGAGUGAAAGCAACGGGGUGAACUUUAAAAGGAACCCAAGAAAAAGCAGAAGAUUGACGGAACACCUUCUGAGCACCGAGGGCACUGAGUCAAAAAGUCCUGGAAACAGCACUGGUAUUCCUGGAGGAAACCUGGGCGAGUUGCCACCUUGUUCUUGGACAGCCGAUGACAUUGCACUUUUAAACCAUUUUGAGGAAAAUAGGAAUGUAACAAAAAAAGUAAGACGCAGCAUGAGGGGUCAGAAAGAUGCAGAAAGUGAGGGCCUUGCCUGGGUUGAGAUCCCUUGCAAAGCCCUGAAAAGGCUGUCAUUGGCUGGUCUUCAAGAAUCAAAGCCUGCCAUGAGUAGCCUCAAUGGACCAAGAAGAAGAAGAAGCUUCUGCGCAUUGAAAGCUGAAAAAGAUCAAGGUAUUCCCUUUAACGUUCCAAGGAAUAGAAGAGCCAGUCUGGGUUACAAAAGUGACUGCUGCUAUCGAAAAACAUUUGAAAUGAAUACAUUCUUGAAGAAUCAACCUACUCAUUAAAUUAAGAUUGAUGCUGUCCAAAAGGGGACUGUGUGAAAUAUUUUGCUUCAGCCAUUCAAGUUAGGCAGAGCUUUUACAUGUCUUCAUAUUUUUUAAGACUGCAUAGACCUUUGACUUCUUCCCCUUCCAUUGCUUUUCCCAAAAAGAAGUAA